AUGUUUGUCACUGUGCUGUUCGGAGACAACAAAAUGGAAAUGUUCAAUCUCAACUGUAAACUGAUAAACUUCAUCCACAAUUUAAAGGAGAGGUGCGGCCUGGAUUUCAAAGAGUGUGUGGAGCUGAUGGACAGCAGUGGGAAAGUAAUGGACUUGGAGGCAAAGCAGCACAGUGUGGAUGCAGCCAGCAGCCUGCUGGUAGAGAGACAGUACUAUGUCCUCCUACGAGUUUGCCGAGAUGAUGGUACUGGAGGUCGGAAAUAUGUGUCUCUCCUAAACAACUUCAGCCAGAGUCAUCCUGAGUUAACAGAGCUGCUAUGGAAACUGUCAAACCCCAACAAGGAGAGAGACAGAAAGAUUAAUUCUCUGAGGAGAGGACGCACACAGAGGAGCAGUCCUGCCCGCCAAACCAGAAGCAAAAACCUCUCUGGAAGUAACAAGAACCCCACAGUGAAGUAG